AUGGGAGACCUCCAAAGAAGACCUGAGGUGCUGCAGGAAGUGAUGUCACUGAAGAAAGUAAAGGCUUUAAAUAUCCACUACCAUGAUUACUCAGCAGAGAUGCAGCAAAGCAUUUACUUCACUCUCAAGAACUAUCUUCUUCAGCCAGGUGACAAGCCAAAGUGCUAUAACCAAAGCAACGGGGACCAGAACUCCACGGCUUGGUUUCUAGACUACCUGGGAAAGUAUCUGACAUACUGCACUGGUGAGGAUCUCAGAGCCUUCAGUGACAGCCAGCAGUUGCUUCAAGACUUUGCGGUGGAUCCUCAAAACCUGGCGCUGGUGGGGGAACUCGCCCUCUCAGAAGACGUGAAGGAAUACUACUCCACUCUGAUCACGAUGCAGAAUCCUUCCAUCGCGCUGGGAAGCGUUCCAGACAAUUUGAUCUGCUAUGUGGCUGGCAAGUGGAAUAUUAGCCAAACGACAGCGACUGAAGCCAGGUUGACUCUGGCAGCCUUGCAGAGCUGUUUGAGACCUUCCCAGGAGCCAGUAGGAGAGGUGACGGGUGCGCUGCCUGACACCACUGGCAACCUCUCUGUGGAGACCUUUCAAAGACUCGGUCCCUUAGCCGUUGGGUUAACACCGUCUGUGCUCCUGGCUAACGCGGAUGGGCAAACCCUUCGGCGGGUGCUCCCAUUGCUCUCAGCCACAGGGGGCUGGAGCCCAGCACAGGCUUCUGUCAUCAUUAAAAAAGUCAUCCAGAAUGGAUACCAGAUCAACAAAGCCAGCAGUAUUUUGAUACUGGGGAAGCUAGCGCCUGGCCUUCCCGUCAAUGUGCUGGAGAAACUGGACAACAAGGACACCCUCCUCCUGGCUGCAGAUCAGAAUUUCACAGAGAGCAUGGAGCAGGCCCCUCUGCCUGUGAAAUACAAGUUUGUGCAACGGAUCUUACAGAGCGUGACUGGAAGCACCUUCCUCAAUAUCCCAGAUAAGCUGGCUGAUCAGAUCCCUCUGUCUAGACUGGCAUCUCCCCAGAUCAAUAUCAAUGAAAUCAACCAGAAGAAAUGGACAGCCGCUCAGGCCAGCGUGUUCUUCCAGGCAGUGCUGAAGUCCACGCAGCAAUACUCCAGGUUAUCUUCCACUGUCCUUCAAGGAUUCAGCUGUGGAGCAGCAAACUUUUUAAACAACAGUCAGUUUGCGAGCCUGGCAAAAGCCAUGAGGGACAAACGAAUACAACUGGAAGAUAGCCAGCUCAGCUGCAUGACGAAGAGACUGACAGGACAGAUAACUCCAUCAGAUUUUGAAGAAUAUCCAGCCGAGGUUCUUUUUUACAUGGGACCAGAGACAUUUUCAAACACAGUGAACUGCCAGAAAUAUUUUCACCUUGUUGGACAAGCCAAUGUCGACCUUUUGCCAAGAGUGUCUUCCAAAAGACAGUCGCUGCUGGAGAGUGCUAAGGCUUGCCUGGGAACGUCUACCUUAUCAUUUUCAAAGGAAAACCUACAAAUUUUAGGCAAUCUUUCCUGUGCCCUCAAUGGCACCGACAUUGCAAAAUCUGACCCAUACAUCCUAACAAUAUUGCAAAGCUGCAUGUCGUUCACGGAAGACCAACUGACAGCCAUAGAGCAGCAGCUAAAGAACAAAUAUGGAUCACCUUCAACAUGGACAGUCAGCACCCUGACAGACAUGGGUAUUCUUGCCAGUGCCUUGAUGAGCAGCACACUUCAAAGGAUCUCAGAGACAGAGAAGACACAAUUUUUCCCUGAUUUCUUGAGCCAGUUGAAGACCUGGAAUAGGAACCAAUUCACCUAUCUUCUGAAACAGCUUGCAAACCCUCAGCGGCAAAAACGAGCUGCAACAGACUGCACAAGAACUCCAUUGACAACAGAAGUGGUGGUGAAGCAGAGAGACCUUCUAGCUUCCAAGUACACAUCCAGCAGUGAUCUGGAUGCUUGCCUGCCUGAUGAUGUGCUGAGAAACAAUUUGGAAACUUUGGGGAAGAUGGAAUUUCAGGCCCCUCUCCUUCAAGUGCUAAAGCUGAAACUGGACAAGAUCUUUGGCAUGCUGCCUGAAGACUACCUUCCACUAUUAGGAAACAUAGCCAGGAUGUAUACCACAACUGAAAUUGCUAACUGGAAUAUCACUACAGCCGAGACCUUAUCAGCCCUAUUGACAGGAACAUCAUGGCAAGAGGAUCUCCCAAAGGUUACGUCUCUGGUCACUCGGCAUCUAGAAGCUAAUGGCAAUCAGUUAGAUGGAACAAUGCUCACAAUGCUAGCGCCACACAUCUGUGCUUUGGAAGAUACUCAGAUAAAAGCCAUCAGCAGUGAGGCCAUCAGAGAGACCAGCAGGCCCAUGAAUACCUCGCUGUGUUCUCAGCGCCAGAAGAAUCUCUUCUAUAGCCAGCUGAGAGCUGCUUACGAGGAGAACCCGAGCUCUCCAGAUGCCUACUACCAGCGGCUGAAGCCUGCCAUUGGCGGAGCCCCAACCAAGGAUCUGAUCAAAUUUGCUUCUGGUUAUCCUGUCAUGGACGUAGCCACAUUUACAGCCCUCAACCCAGAUGAAGUCCAGAAAUUAAGCGCUCAAAAUCUGAAAGAUUUGCUAGGCGCUAAUCUCCCAGAGCUGAACAAUUUAGCUGAUGACUCUGUGGUGAAAUCUUGGACCCAGGCACGCAACCAAUCAGAGGUGAAUUCUUUAGGACUCCUUCUUGUAGCAGGACUCCCAGACAAGCCACCUAACGGUUUUAUAGAUAUUCCAUCAGAACCUUACAUACCCGGAAGAGCAACGACAUAUGCAAAAGACCACAUGUUCCAGCUUUUCUAUUGUAUGCUCUUCCCCUUGGUGUUAACUGCUUUCUUGUAGGCCGUUCAGUAUUUGCCAAAUAUUAAAUAGUAAUAUUCUUGGGGGGGAGAAUUAUAAUGAUUGAUCUAAUUGGCAUGGUUACAUUCAAUUUAUAUAUGUUCCAGUGUUCUUAAAUGAACAAAAUAUAAAAAAGUGGAGCAUUUAAUUUCUGCUUGGUAAUACUUUAUUGCAUUAUCCCACCACAGUGGUUCCCAAACUGGGGUUUGUGAAAUUUUACAGGGGGUUCUCGGGGAAAAAAAUUCCCCAAUGGCAGACAGAGCUGUCCCUAGGGACUCCGGGCAGCAUGGGGCCAGCAGCCCGGAGCCCCUGGACUUCCAAGAACUAAGCAGAUCAAAGCACCUCUAUCACACUGAGUUUUAAACUUCAAGACUCCUUAUAAGAAAUGGAAAGGGAGGUGGAUAUUUUUUGCUGUUUUUAAAAUGAAGUAGGCAGCUAGGAUUGUUUUUAAAAUUAUUAUGAAGAACAAGUUUAAGCUUUGUUGUAACGUGCGUUGUUUGCCUGGACUGCUCAAGACCUGACUGCUUGUGUAGGAGGAACUCUUUGAGUUGGCUUCUUAAAUCCCUUCCUGCUGUUUCACAUCUGAUACUCCUUGAUGAAACACAGGAGCCUGGUCCUAUAACAGGCUUAUUCAAAGUGAUACAAGCUACAAAACUGAGAUCUUGUUGCUGUUUUCAUAAUGUAAUAAAAAUACUGUAAUGAUAAAUAAUAAUCAAUAAUAGUGUGUAAUAAGCAUGUCAUAAAAACAAAUGUUAUAUUUCCAA